GUUAAAAACAGAGAGAGGGGGAAGGAGAUAAGAAGAGGUGACACAGAAAAAGAGAACAAGGAGAGAGAGAGAUAAGGGUGAUACAGAGAGAAAGGGGGAAGAUUGUGAACAAGAGAGAGAAGAGGCGUUCUCUAACAGAAAGAGGUAGAGGAGAGGAGAGCUAAAUAGUUGUUUUCUAUCUCCGUGUGGCUCACACUGAGAGUUGUCUCACCAAAAGAGAGGGAAUAUUUUAUUUAUUUUUCUUCUGUUCAUGUUAUCACCACUGAUCAUACAGAAUAAAAACCUUGUUAAACUGGGGUUUUCUUCAAUUUGAACUCAACAGUAAAACAGAUUUUAUCUCAGACUGAUUCUUCUUGUGGGACUAGUUUUAUUAGGAUCCUACUAGUUGUCUGGUGUGGAUAUAAUACCAGUCUGUCUCUGAGAUGGAGUCCAGAACUCUUCUACUUGUUCUGGGUCUUCAUUUCACUCUUCUGGGGAACCUAGAGGCCAGAGAUUGCGGCCUGGGCUUCAUAGCCAAAGGGAAACAAUGUGAUGAUAUAGAUGAGUGUAAAGAGUGGGACAGUACCCCACCCUGUGGAAGUAAUGCCGCAUGUUACAACACAUAUGGAAGCUUCUACUGUCAGUGUCUACCUGGGUUCAGAUCCACAACGACUUUCAACUUUACUGCUCUCACUGGGGAGUGUAACGAUCUCAAUGAGUGCCAUGAGACACCACAGGUUUGUGGCAACAACACCAUUUGCCUCAACUCCAUCGGGAGCUUCAAAUGCCAGUGUCAACCUGGGUUCAGAUCCACAACGACUGUCAACUAUACUGCUCUCACUGGGGAUUGUAAGGACAUCAAUGGUUGCUUCGACUGCCCCUGUACUUCUGAAUACGGCAAAGAGGAGAUGGGGAUUGUAGCA